CGACUCCGCAGCCGAGACAGCUCGUGCGGCCGCCCGGGCACCCCGGGCGCGGCGAGCACGGCCAAGGGCAGCCCGAACGGCGAGUGCGGGCGCGGAGAGCCGCAGUGCAGCCCCGCGGGGCCCGAGGGCCCGGCGCGGGGGCCUAAGGUGUCGUUCUCGUGUCGCGGGGCGGCCGCGGGGCCCGCGCCGGAGCCGGGCUCGGGGUCGGGGCCGGCGGACGAGGCGGGCAGCGAGGAGGCGGGCCCGGCGGGGGAGUCGCGCGGCAGCCAGGCCAGCUUCAUGCAGCGCCAGUUCGGCGCGCUCCUGCAGCCGGGUGUCAACAAGUUCUCGCUGCGGAUGUUCGGCAGCCAGAAGGCCGUGGAGCGGGAGCAGGAGCGCGUCAAGUCGGCGGGGGCCUGGAUCAUCCACCCGUAUAGCGACUUCAGGUUCUACUGGGACUUCACCAUGCUGCUCUUCAUGGUGGGAAACCUCAUCAUCAUCCCCGUGGGCAUCACCUUCUUCAAGGACGAGACCACGGCCCCGUGGAUUGUGUUCAACGUGGUCUCGGACACAUUCUUCCUCAUGGACCUGGUGCUGAACUUCCGCACGGGCAUCGUGAUCGAGGACAACACGGAGAUCAUCCUGGACCCCGAGAAGAUCAAGAAGAAGUACUUGCGCACGUGGUUCGUGGUAGACUUCGUGUCCUCCAUCCCUGUGGACUACAUCUUCCUCAUCGUAGAGAAGGGCAUCGACUCCGAGGUCUACAAGACGGCGCGCGCCCUGCGCAUCGUGCGCUUCACCAAGAUCCUCAGCCUGCUGCGCCUGCUCCGCCUGUCGCGCCUCAUCCGCUACAUCCACCAAUGGGAGGAGAUCUUCCACAUGACCUAUGACCUGGCCAGCGCGGUCAUGCGCAUCUGCAACCUCAUCAGCAUGAUGCUGCUCCUGUGCCACUGGGACGGCUGCCUGCAGUUCCUAGUGCCGAUGCUGCAGGACUUCCCGCGCAACUGCUGGGUCUCCAUCAACGGCAUGGUGAACCACUCGUGGAGUGAGCUCUACUCCUUCGCGCUCUUCAAGGCCAUGAGCCACAUGCUGUGCAUCGGGUACGGGCGGCAGGCACCCGAGAGCAUGACGGACAUCUGGCUGACGAUGCUGAGCAUGAUCGUGGGCGCCACCUGUUACGCCAUGUUCAUUGGCCACGCCACUGCCCUCAUCCAAUCGCUGGACUCCUCGCGGCGCCAGUACCAGGAGAAGUACAAGCAGGUGGAGCAGUACAUGUCCUUCCACAAGCUGCCUGCUGACUUCCGCCAGAAGAUCCAUGACUACUACGAGCACCGCUACCAGGGCAAGAUGUUCGACGAGGACAGCAUCCUGGGCGAGCUCAAUGGGCCCCUGCGGGAGGAGAUCGUCAACUUCAACUGCCGGAAGCUGGUGGCCUCGAUGCCACUGUUUGCCAACGCCGACCCCAACUUCGUCACGGCCAUGCUGACCAAGCUCAAGUUCGAGGUCUUCCAGCCAGGUGACUACAUCAUCCGUGAGGGCACCGUUGGCAAGAAGAUGUACUUCAUCCAGCAUGGGGUGGUCAGUGUGCUCACCAAGGGCAACAAGGAGAUGAAGCUGUCCGAUGGCUCCUACUUCGGGGAGAUCUGCCUGCUGACGCGGGGCCGGCGCACGGCGAGCGUGCGGGCUGACACCUACUGCCGCCUCUACUCGCUGAGCGUGGACAACUUCAACGAGGUGCUGGAGGAGUACCCCAUGAUGCGGCGGGCCUUCGAGACGGUCGCCAUCGACCGCCUGGACCGCAUCGGCAAGAAGAACUCGAUCCUGCUGCACAAGGUGCAGCACGACCUCAACUCGGGCGUGUUCAACAACCAGGAGAACGCCAUCAUCCAGGAGAUCGUCAAGUACGACCGCGAGAUGGUGCAGCAGGCCGAGCUGGGCCAGCGCGUCGGCCUCUUCCCGCCGCCGCCGCCGCCGCCGCCGCAGGGCGCCUCGGCCAUUGCCACGCUGCAGCAGGCCGUGGCCAUGAGCUUCUGCCCGCAGGUGGCGCACCCGCUCGUCGGGCCCCUGGCGCUCGGUUCGCCGCGCCUCGUGCACCGCUUGCCCCCCGGGCCCGCGCCCACGGCCGCCUCGCCCGGGCCCGGGCCUGCUGCCAGCCCCCCGGGCGCGCCCUCCAGCCCCCGGGCACCGCGGACCUCGCCCUAUGGCGGCGUGCCUGGCUCACCUGCUGCGCCCUGCGCCGGGCCCGCGCUGCCCGCGCGCCGCCUGAGCCGCGCCUCGCGCCCGCUGUCCGCCUCGCAGCCCUCGCUGCCCCACGGCGCACCCGGCCCUGGCCCCGGCCCCGGAGCCUCGGUGCGCCCGGCCAGCAGCUCCACGCCGCGCCUGGGGCCUGCGCCCGCCGCCCGGGCCGCAGGGCCCAGCCCGGACCGCAGGGACUCGGCCUCGCCCUCACCCUCACCUGGCGCCACCGGCGGACCCGACCCGCUGGACUCCGCGCGCUCACGUCUCUCGUCCAACUUGUGA